AUGGAGGAUACCAAGUUCCGCAUUAUCCCCGCCGAGACGGCAGAGCACGUCGCGACAGCACGGAAUCUUUUCGCGGCCUAUGUGGAAUGGUUGAAUAUCGACCUCAGCUACCAGAGCUUUCAGUCUGAACUGGACUCUCUCCCUGGGAAAUAUGCACCACCUCACGGAGAGCUUCUUCUCGCCUACAAACCGGACAAUACCCCAUUAGGGUGUGUCGCCCUACGGCCCCUCUUCGACCAGCACUCGCAGCCACAAUAUGGCUUGGACAAAGGAUACUGCGAGAUGAAGCGGCUGUACGUGUCUCCCGAAGCACGAGGUAUGGGUCUCGGCAAGGCCCUGGUGACUGCCAUUGUCCAACGUGCAAAGGACCUGGGAUAUGGUGAAAUGAGGUUAGAUACGCUCCCUUUCAUGCAAGGGGCCAUCCAACUGUAUACACGCAUCGGAUUCGUCGAGGUCAAUCGCUACUACGAAACUCCUCUGGAAGACACGAUUUUUCUGGCUCUCGACCUGACAAAAUAG